GGGGCGUCGGGCGGAUGACCGCGGGAACGGUUGUGAUCACCGGCGGAAUCCUAGCCACGGUGAUCCUCCUCUGCAUCAUCGCGGUCCUGUGCUACUGUAGACUCCAGUAUUACUGCUGCAAGAAGAGCAGAGCGGAGGAUGCCGACGACGAGGAGGAGCACGACCUGCCCGCGCCCCCGAGAGGUGCCACGUGCAACGCCUGCAGCUCGCAAGCCCUGGAUGGCAGAAGCGGCCUGGCGCCCUUCGGCGGCGAGCCCUGCAGCCCGCCAUGCGGGGUGGCGGCGGCGAGUCACUGCGCCACCUGCUCGCCCUACAGCUCGCCCUUCUACAUACGGACGGCUGACCUGGUGCCCAACGGGGGCGGAGGCGAGCGACUCUCCUUUGCCCCUUCGUAUUACAAGGAGGGAGGACCCCCAGCGCUCAAACUGGCAGCGCCCCAGAGUUAUGCGGUGACCUGUCCAGGCUCCGGGCGUGAGGUCUUCACCAAUCCAAGGGCUAUCAGUACAGACGUGUGA